AUGGCAGACGAUAUUCCGUGGAUAGAUUCCAUGGCCCCAUCAACUUCGGCGCAGGACCAUGCUGAUUCUCAGCCCCCGACGGUCGCUGCUUUCUCUCCUACUACCAUCUCCGGCUCGUCGCUGGCAUCCCGACAGCGCUCUAGCAUUAUCGUACAUCGCAAAUCUCCUCUCCUGGUCGCGACUCCUCCACCGAUCACUCGGGCCUUAGCCUACUCCCACCCCUUUAUCUUACCAUUGAACAAGUUAGUGGGCUUAUUGACAUGGACCACCGACGAUGCAUGGCAAAGUUUCCUCCUGGUAUCGAUCUUCUGGACGAUCGUCCUCUAUGGUGAUGCCAUCAUUCUGUGGGCCGGUCCGCCCCUCGUGGUGGUCGGUCUCAUUCUAGGCAUGUACUGGAGACGCUACUCCCCCUUAUCGACCAGAUCCAUAUCCGGAGAGAAACCAGGCCAUCAGAGAGCUCCCUCGGAGAGCUCCCUACGCCAUCAUGACAGCCUCGAUGAGAUUGUUGAAACGAUGAGAGCCUUCACGACUCGCUGUAACAUGCUCCUGGAACCAUUCCUGGAACUUACGGAUUUCUUGUCCACCCAAAGGACGGCUACAUCCGCGACCACCAGGCCAGCCCUGACCACACUCUUCUUCCGAAUCCUCUUUGUAACACCUAUCUGGAUUGCCCUGACUUUGCCUCCGUUGCAUCUCAUCACCACGCGUCGUGUUAUCUUGAUCAUCGGCACCAUUAUCCUCACCUACCACUCCCGACCAGCGAGGGUAUCCCGCGUUAUACUAUGGAGGUCACUAACCGUCCGCCGGAUUUGCUCGUUGAUCACCGGUCUAUCGUUCUCGUUGAACGUGGACAAGACGCCGUCGACUCGGACACAAAGCCAUGGCCAUGCUGCUAGCGUUGCAACUCGUCGGCGGGGAGAAUCAUCCGGUGUGCGCUUUACCUUCAUCUUAUAUGAGAAUCAACGGCGCUGGCUCGGAAUUGGCUGGACCUACUCGCUGUUCCCAUCCGAACGUGCUGCAUGGACUGAUGAGCACCUCAACAAUGUGCCAUCAAAGGAUGAAUUUGAGCUACCCGAAGUACAAAGCGGGAAUGCCAAAUGGCGCUGGGUAGAAGGGAGUGAGUGGCGCAUCGAUGGUGCCGAUGAUGCGAGCGCCAAAGAUGGCGGGGGCUGGAUUUACUAUGACAAUAAGUGGAAUGACGGCCGUCGAGGCCAAGAUGGUUGGGAUCGAUACACUCGUCGAAGAAAGUGGUGCCGCGAUGCUGAACUCGUUGAGGUCUCAUCAACCGCCGAUUUGACAUCGGCGGAGGCAACGUCCGGCUUAACCCAGGCGCUGGAGAAGGAGAGGGAGAAGAGAAGGGGAUCCGGAACCCUUGACGCUUCAACAGUCGAUGCUGAUUCCGAGAGUCUCGCCGGGUCCACCUCCAAAGCACGGAGACGACGCUGGUUUGGGAAUUCGAAGACUAAGCUGUCGUCCAGCUACUCCAGUGGCAGCGGCAGUUUAGGUCGAGAAGGAAGCAUCCAUGGCAGUGCAGCCCAUAGCGAUAAGAGUGCACGAGACAAAGAGAUUGCACACUCGCAAGACCGCUUGGAUCGCUGGGGUUCACGCGCUGCAGGAGGCAUUGAGAGGGCAGAACGGGAGAUGGGGUUAGGUGACGAAGUGAAUAUGGGAUUAAGUUAG